AUGACCAAUGGGUGCACUCUCCAGAUGGCUCUACUACUAUGGUUACCCAUCGCAGCUCUCUCCACGAACUACAACUUGCUUCAAUUCCAACAAAAGAGGGGCAAUGCAAACUGUUCAGAGCUCCUGCGUGAGUUGGAGGGAGCCCCUGAACAUUGCAUGGAGAGCAGGAUGGACUUCAAGGUCCCUGAGAAAAUUAAACAACCACAGCAGAUCAAGAAGGUGGAAGCUGUAGUGGUCAUCCAUGAGAUGCUCCUGCAGAUCUUUGAUAUUUUCGAAGAAAAUUUCUCUAGCACUGGCUGGAAUGAGACCACUGUUGCGAAACUUCGGAUGCAACUCCAUUUCCAGAUGGAUCGUUUGGAGGAAGCCCUGAUGGAAAUCAUAAAGGAGGGGAACUUUACCCCGGGAAACCUGACCCUGAUGCAACUGAGGUCAUAUUACUAUAGGAUGAGACAGUACCUGCGUGACAAGAUGUACAGCAGAUGUGCCUGGACAGUGGUCCAUGUGGAACUCUUAAGGAACUUUUCCUUCCUUCAAAGAUAUACAGUUUUCCUCCAAAACUGA